AUGUCAGGGUCACAACUUCCUGACCGUGGGAUCCGUUUUACGGAUCUCAACUGUAGACGAUUUAAAAUUCAGGCAUUCAGCAAACUUUCUUCACGAACUCUGGAUCUUAUAUUAUUUUUGCGCUUGAAAACAUGUAUCCUGCCCUCCACCAGAAACUCGUCUCUUCUCACAAAGACAGCACGGUUUGGCGGUAUCUGCGAACAAAAACAAAAGGACCUUUCUUUUUCGAUCUCGAGAGCUCUGUGUAUAGCAAACAGUAUUCAAGAGCUCAAGAGGAUUCACUCUCUUAUCAUCACUUGGGGACUCGAACAAUCUGUCUUCUUCUCCGGUAAACUUAUUAGUAAAUACGCCCAAUUCGGGGACCCUAUUGCCUCUCAAUCAGUUUUCCGUCGAGUUUCGCAGUCGAGCAAUAUCUAUCUAUGGAAUUCCAUCAUAAGAGCACUUACCCAGAACCGGAUGUUUUCCGAGGCUCUGAACUUCUACUCCGAGAUGCAGAAGUUGGACCUGCGACCGGACAGAUUCACCUUCCCUUCGGUUAUCAAUUCCUGUGCGGGUUUGUUGGAUUCAGAGAUGGGAAAGGUUGUUCAUCAUCAUGUUUUGGAAAUGGGUUUUGCCUCGGACCUGUAUAUUGGAAAUUCCUUGAUUGACAUGUAUUCGAGAUUCGGUUGUUUGGAAGAAGCGCGUAGUGUGUUUGAAGGAAUGCCUCAAAGAGAUAUUGUUUCUUGGAAUAGUUUGAUGUCGGGGUAUAGCGCAAAUGGGGAAUGGGAACGAGCUUUAGAAGUUUAUUACAAAUUAAGAAUGUUGGGUUUUAUUCCCGAUUCUUUCACGGUAUCUAGCAUUUUACCUGCAUGUGGAAGCCUGCUUGCUGCUGAAGAGGGGAAGAUAAUCCAUGGCCUUGUCCACAAGAUCGGGAUUGAGAAGGAUAUAUUAGUGAAUAAUGGGCUUAUUGCUAUGUACUUUAAGUUUGAUCAUAUAACAGAUGCUCAAAGAAUUUUCGGUAAUAUGAUAAAGAGAGAUACUGUAUCUUGGAACACUAUCAUUUGUGGGUACUCAAAAUUGGGGAUGCAUGAAGAAGCAAUUAAUCUGUUUCAGAACAUGGUUUUUAGUUUUAAACCAGAUCUGUUAACUAUAACAGCUGUUCUCCAUGCUUGUGGUCAUGUGGGUGACUUGGAGCUUGGAAGAUAUGUUCAUGAGUACAUGAGUAGAAACGGGUAUGAAUGUGAUACUACAGCUAGUAAUAUUUUAAUAACAAUGUAUGCGAAGUGUGGGGAUCUACCAGCCUCGCUUAAAGUAUUUGAUGGAAUGGUAAGUAGAGAUUCUGUAUCAUGGAAUUCCUUGAUUAACAGUUACAUACAAUAUGGAUGUUAUAAUGAAGGGAUGGAACAUCUUUUGGUGAUGAGGAAGAUGGGAUUGAAGCCUGAUUCUGUUACUUAUGUCAUGCUCCUAUCUAUGUGUACUCAGAUAGCCGCCAUGGUCCUAGGGAAAGAGCUUCACUGUGAUAUCAUUAAAAUGGGAUUUGAUUCAAGUCUAAUUGUGGGCAAUGCUCUUGUUGAUAUGUAUGUAAAAUGUGGUAGCUUGGAGGAUGCAUUAAAAGAAUUUGAUGAUAUGGAAACCAGGGAUGUAAUAACAUGGAACACCAUCAUUGCUGGAUGUGUUCAGAUUGGGGAUUGUAGUUUAGGAUUGAAAAUGAUCAGCCAGAUGAGGGCCAAAGGAGUGAUGCCAGAUGUAGCAACCUUCUUAGGGAUUUUGCCUGGUUGUUCCCUCCUGGCAGCUAAACGACAAGGUAAAGAAAUUCAUGGUUGCAUUUUAAAAUUUGGGUUUGAUUUGGAUGUUCCUAUAAGGAAUGCAUUGAUAGAGAUGUACUCGAAAUGCGGUAUUUUGGAGUGGUCUCUUCAUGUUUUUGACCACACGAAAGUGAAAGAUGUGGUGACAUGGACUGCACUAAUAUCUGCUCUCGGGAUGUAUGGUCAAGGAAAGAAAGCUCUAAGAGCUUUUGCUGAAAUGGAGGCAACAGGUAUUGUUCCUGAUCAUGUGACCUUUGUGGCUAUUAUUUUUGCUUGUAGUCAUGCAGGUUUGGUGAAAGAAGGUUUAGCAUGCUUUAAUCAAAUGAAGAAUGACUAUAACAUUGAGCCUAGAAUUGAGCAUUAUGCUUGUAUUGUUGAUCUUUUAUCUCGAUCUGGGCUUCUAUCUGAAGCAGAAGAAUUUAUCCUUGCAAUGCCAUUCAAUCCAGAUGCAAGCAUAUGGGGAUCUCUACUCAGUGCAUGUCGUAUAAACAGUGGAACCCAGAUCACAGAACGUGUUUUGGAACAUAUCCUUGCAAUGAGUUCUAGUGAUACCGGGUACUAUGUUCUAGCAUCAAACAUAUAUGCAUCUUUAGGAAAGUGGGAUCAAGUUCGCAAGAUACGGAAAUCAAUCAAAGACAGGGGACUUAAAAAGGAUCCUGGAUGUAGCUGGAUUGAGAUCCGAAAUAGGGUUUAUGUGUUUGGAACUGGGAACAGGGCUGUUGAACAAUCAGAAGAGAUAUAUCAGUUACUGAGAAAGCUUGGGGAUCUGAUGGUGAAAGAAGGAUAUGUUGCUGAUCCAAAUUUUGUUCUGUAUGAUGUAGAGGAGGAAGAGAAAAGAGAUAUGCUUUGUGGACACAGUGAGAGACUAGCCAUAGCAUUUGGAUUGUUAAACACAAGUCCUGGGACCCCUUUGCAGAUAAUGAAGAACUUACGGGUUUGUGGGGAUUGUCACACAGUGACCAAGUACAUUUCUAAGAUCAAGGAAAGAGAGCUGAUAGUUAGAGAUGCAAAUCGAUUUCAUAUCUUUCGGAAUGGAACAUGUACUUGUGGAGAUUAUUGGUGAUGAUAAUUUUCUGACCUAAAUUUUUUGGUGAGGAACUGGAAAAGCAAUCUUAUAGAGAAAAUGAAGACAUUAUUUCAUUUGCAUACCUUUGUGUUUUCCACAACCCACAAUGUAACUUGCACUGGGUAAGGCUGGAUGCCCUUUUUUACUUGGUAAAAAUAAACUUAGUUAAGUUCUA